UACAAGUACAUAUUUCCAGUCCGGCUAGUGUUUGAUUAAAUGUCUGAAAGAAAAAGGCAACUGCCACAUGGGGCAAAAGGCAUCGAUGGACGUGUCUACUACUAGCAAGGCUUUUGACUUAGUUCAUGGCCGGCGACAUUUGCAAGAAUUAUUAACACUAAUAUAUAUUAUACAUUGAUUAUAUUAUACAUUAAACUAUUAAUUACUCACUAAUCACUCAUCUUGUUCUUGUAAUAUGAACUAAUUAAUUAAGUAAAUUAUUGACAAGAAAAGACUCAAUCCCGCCCAAAAGACCCCACCAUUUUAUUCCCUCUUUAGUUUUCUUUGAUUUCCCUCUCUCUUUCAAUUGUUUCUAUUUUGUCGUUUGUUUUCUUUCCUCUUCAAAUUUCCAGCAUCGAGAAAUAUUCCCUCUCUUUGUCUCCGACUGGAGAGAUUAAAGAAUCGCUCUUUUUUAAUCUGUUGAUUUAAUUUCCAGAAAACCCGCUUUCUCUUUGGACCACUUCCACCAUUAAUUAAUAGCUUCCGUGUGUGUAAUUGAAUCACAGAGACGGUGGUGGUGGCGUUAAUGGCGGCCAGCUGCUCUCAUUCUUGAAAUUUAGAAGAUAGAAUCUUGAUUACUAUUCACGUGAUUCGUUCUCAGUGAGCUAUUGGGUUUAGGGUUACAGGCGAGGGUAGAAUUGGAAAGAGGAGCAAGAACAGUGGUGGAGCUUUUGAGAGAAAGCAUGGACGGCGAGGAUCGUACGGUGAGAUCAAGGCCGAGCCUGAAAGAGCGGCUGGGAUUGAAGGCUUUCGGCUGCUGCGGAUCGACGUGGGGACUGGGGCCCACCACCAUAAGCGUGAGGGAUGAUGACCAAGAAGAAGAAGAGGAAGAAGAAGGUACUGCUGACACGAUGAGUCCAGAAACUGACGUGGUCAACGUUGACCAGAAUCCGACGGAAACCGGGGCAUCUCCACCGUGCGUGUUUCAGUCACCGGCGACGACCGGGAUGAACCUAGCGGCAGCACUGGCCGCGGAGAGGCAGAUGAGGGCGGCGCUGGAUUCCGACAACGGAGGCGCCAGUCUCAGCCCUAGUCCGCCGCGGCACAACCGCGUCGUUUCGGUAACGGCGCCGGGGACGCCGUCGAGGGUGUCGCUGAUGAGGCUGCUGGAGGAAACGGACGGCUACGAUUUGGAGAUGAGGAGAGAGGUAGAUGGGGAGGGGGGGUGCGAUUCGGUGUGCUGCGUGUGCAUGGGAAGGAAAAGGGGUGCAGCGUUCAUACCGUGUGGACACACUUUUUGCAGGGUGUGUUCGAGGGAGCUGUGGUUGAACCGAGGGACUUGUCCCCUCUGCAACCGUUCGAUUCUCGAGAUUCUCGACAUAUACUGAAAUAAAUAAAAUAAAAUUAAAUUUGUUGCUAAAAAAUUCGAUUGAAGGUCCAACCAUUGUUGCGGAGUGUACACAUGUUUUUUGAGAAGACUCUUCUACCUCUUGGAAAAUGAUUGCAAAAUAAAAUUACACUCAACUCUAUUCUCUUAACCUUGCAAUUAUGACUAAUUUAAAUAUUGUCACAAGGCAAAGUUAUUUGAUUAAAGUUAGAUAGCCC